AUGGACAAGAAGGCAGCUGUAUACUACGCGUAUCUUCAGCAAGCUCAAGCUUUCUACGCAUUUCCGUUCCAUCAAAUGAUGACUGCAGCACCUAGCAUGGAGAUCAUGACUGAGCAGCCGACUCUAGAGGGCAUUCCAGAGCCAAACAUUGCUCAGGAGCCUCCAAAAGAAGUUAAAAAAGGAGGAAGGAAAAGAAAAGCCAAAGCAACUGAGCCAAAGCAACCCAAAAAGCCUGCUGCUAAAAAGGAAAAAUCAGCCAAGUCAAAAGGCAAACAAGAAAAGAUCACAGAUACUUUUAAAGUCAAAAGAAAAGUGGACCGUUUUAAUGGUGUAUCUGAAGCUGAACUUCUAACCAAGACUUUACCUGAUAUUUUGACCUUUGAUCUGGACAUUGUAAUAAUUGGCAUAAACCCUGGCUUGAUGGCAGCUUACAAAGGACAUCAUUACCCUGGACCUGGAAACCAUUUUUGGAAGUGUCUGUUCAUGUCUGGUCUAAGUAACGAACAGCUGAACCACAUGGAUGACCACACCUUGCCACAUAAAUAUGGGAUUGGAUUUACAAACAUGGUUGAAAGGACAACACCUGGAAGCAAAGACCUCUCCAGCAAAGAGUUUCGGGAAGGAGGGCGAAUUCUGAUGCAGAAGUUACAAAAGUAUAAACCUCGUAUAGCAGCUUUCAAUGGAAAAUGUAUUUAUGAAAUUUUUAGUAAAGAAGUUUUUGGAAUAAAAGUUAAGAACUUGGAAUUUGGACUGCAGCCACACAAGGUGCCAGAUACAGAAACUCUCUGCUACGUUAUGCCAUCAUCCAGUGCAAGAUGCGCUCAGUUUCCUCGUGCGCAAGACAAAGUUCAUUAUUACAUAAAGCUGAAAGACUUAAGGGAUCAACUGAAAGGCAUCGCACCAAACACAGAGGUGCAGGAGGUGCAGUACACAUUUGACUUGCAACUUGCACAAGAGGAUGCUAAAAAGAUGGCUGUCAAAGAAGAAAAAUACGAUCCGGGUUAUGAAGCAGCGUAUGGAGGAGCUUACUGUGAUCGUGCACCGUACGAAAGUGAACAGUGCAGUUUCUCUUCAAAUGGAACUGCAGGAAGCAAUCCACAGUACUGUGAGGGGUCGUCCUUCGGGGAAGUUCCUAAUGGACAAUGGAUGACACAGUCCUUUGCAGACCAGAUUCCAGAGUUCAGUGCUGGUAUGACGCAGGAAGAAGAGGGAAGCAGCGCGUAAGACCUGUUUCUUCUCGGCUAUGCACACAUGCUGCAGUUUUAAUGCAGUGAUCAAGAUUGGUACCUCGGUUCUCCAACUGAAGCAUUUUAAUAGUAUUUUAUCUCUCCUAGUUAUUUUAUUAUAGUCCAAAGUAAGUGUGUGGUAGGCUCAAAUCGAUGAACUAGAUAAUUUUAAGGAACUGUCCAAACUUUUUUAAAAAAAGUUAGCCCUUUUUUGUAUAUGAGUUUUAUAUUUAAUGUGUACCAUUUCUUGCAGUUUUUGACAAAUGGCUUUCUCAUUUGUGAAG